CCCCGGCGGCGGCGGCGCGCGCCGGAACGCAGGCCUGGACCCUAUAAAGGACGCUUGGCUGGGCGCACGCCCCAUUUGGCAGAGGGCCCCUCCGCGGACCGUGCUGGGCGCUUGCGCAGCGUGAGCAACUCCCCGCCCCCUGCCCCGCUGCUGUCGCCAGCUUCCCGGGCCGGCAGUCCAGGCCCCGCCUCGGCUCCGCGCCCUCACCCAGUUCUCAGCCACCGGUCUGCCCCGCAGCAGCCAGCCCUGUCUCCAGCAGCAUGUUCAGCUGGGUCAGCAAGGAUGCCCGCCGGAAGAAGGAGCCAGAGCUCUUCCAGACGGUGGCCGAGGGGCUGAGGCAGCUGUACUCGCAGAAGCUGCUGCCCCUGGAGGAGUACUACCGCUUCCACGAGUUCCACUCGCCCGCUCUGGAGGAUGCUGACUUCGACAACAAGCCCAUGGUGCUCCUCGUGGGCCAGUACAGCACCGGCAAGACCACCUUCAUCCGGCACCUGAUUGAGCAGGACUUCCCGGGAAUGCGCAUCGGGCCCGAGCCCACCACCGACUCCUUCAUCGCCGUCAUGCACGGCCCCACCGAGGGCGUGGUGCCGGGCAACGCGCUAGUUGUCGACCCGCGGCGCCCCUUCCGCAAGCUCAACGCCUUCGGCAACGCCUUCCUCAACAGGUUCAUGUGUGCCCAGCUGCCCAAUCCAGUCCUGGACAGCAUCAGCAUCAUUGAUACUCCCGGAAUCCUGUCUGGAGAGAAACAGCGCAUCAGCAGAGGUUAUGACUUUGCAGCCGUCCUGGAAUGGUUUGCCGAGCGGGUGGACCGCAUCAUCCUGCUCUUCGACGCCCACAAGCUGGACAUCUCUGAUGAGUUCUCAGAAGUCAUCAAGGCCCUCAAGAACCAUGAGGACAAGAUCCGUGUGGUGCUGAACAAGGCUGACCAGAUUGAGACGCAGCAGCUGAUGCGGGUGUAUGGGGCACUCAUGUGGUCCCUGGGAAAGAUCAUCAACACCCCCGAGGUGGUCAGGGUCUACAUCGGCUCCUUCUGGUCCCACCCACUUCUCAUCCCUGACAACCGCAAGCUCUUUGAGGCUGAGGAGCAGGACCUCUUCAAAGACAUCCAGUCCCUUCCCCGAAACGCCGCCCUCAGGAAGCUCAAUGACCUGAUCAAGCGGGCAAGGCUGGCCAAGGUCCAUGCAUACAUCAUCAGUUCCCUGAAGAAAGAGAUGCCCAAUGUCUUUGGUAAAGAGAGCAAAAAGAAAGAACUGGUGAACAACCUGGGAGAGAUCUAUCAGAAGAUUGAGCGGGAGCACCAGAUUUCCCCUGGCGACUUCCCCAGCCUCCGCAAGAUGCAGGAACUCCUGCAGACCCAGGACUUCAGCAAGUUCCAGGCCUUAAAGCCCAAGCUGCUGGACACAGUGGACGACAUGCUGGCCAAUGACAUUGCCCGGCUGAUGGUGAUGGUGCGCCAGGAGGAGUCCCUGAUGCCAUCCCAGGCAGUGAAGGGCGGUGCCUUUGAUGGCACCAUGAAUGGGCCCUUUGGGCAUGGCUACGGUGAGGGGGCCGGUGAGGGCAUUGACGAUGUGGAAUGGGUGGUGGGCAAGGACAAGCCCACCUACGAUGAGAUCUUCUACACGCUGUCCCCCGUCAAUGGCAAGAUCACAGGCGCCAAUGCCAAGAAGGAGAUGGUGAAGUCCAAGCUGCCCAACACAGUGCUGGGGAAGAUCUGGAAGCUGGCCGAUGUGGACAAGGACGGGUUGCUGGAUGACGAGGAGUUCGCCUUGGCCAACCACCUCAUCAAGGUCAAGCUGGAAGGCCAUGAGCUGCCUGCCGACCUGCCCCCACACCUGAUACCACCCUCCAAACGGAGGCAUGAGUGACCAAUUGACUGGCCUCCCCUUCUCCACACCACCCAGCACGCAGAGGCCUGGGAGGCAGAGACGGGGUGGAAAGGGAAGGGUCACCAUUUCUCAAGGUCCAUAAAAGACUGAGCGGAUGUUUCCUCAGCUCUUGAAAA